UGAAAAUCAUGCUUUCAAACCUCCUUUCAAACAGAGAUCUGUGUUUAUUUCGAUCAAAAUAAGAAUUAGAAAUCGGGAACAUAUUUUUUUCAUUUUUGGCAAGUCUUUUAACGUAUGCGCUCUUAUACCGGAAGUCCAAGAAAGAAUGGAUUAUGCCAGAGCCCUCGUUCUUCGCCGCAGACCAGAAGAAACGCAGGUUCUGGGUACGAGAUUGCUCGUUUGCCUGCUGUAUCUACAGUGCAUUUUAUUCUACACACACGUGCACCUUAUGCAUGGUGUUAGGAUAGUAUCGAAUCUCCUUACUAAGAGGGCAUUUUAUUCACUAACCAGGCUUUUUGCAACUACUCCUUAUCUGAAUUUUAACACCAUGAACAGAGAUAAUCUGGUUUGGGUAGAUUUGGAGAUGACAGGUUUGGAUCCAGACACUUGUCAUAUCAUAGAGAUGUCAUGUCUAAUCACAGAUGCUGACCUCAACAUAAUAGCUGAGGCUCCCAAUGUUGUCAUUCAUCAGUCAGAUGAAGUACUUAAUGAAAUGGGAGAAUGGUGCAAGAAACAUCAUGAAAAAUCAGGUUUAACAGCUGCUGUAAAAGCUUCAAACAUAACUUUAAAAAGAGCAGAAGAAAUCAUGGUGGAUUUUGUGAAGCGAUAUGUCCCUCCCCAUGAUUGCCCAUUAGCUGGAAACUCUGUUCAUGAAGACAGAAGAUUCCUGAAGAAAUACAUGCCUACGUUUAUGGAUCAUUUACAUUACCGUAUAGUUGAUGUCAGUUCUAUAAAAGAACUGUGCAGGCGAUGGCAUCCCAAGAUAUAUAAAGAGGCUCCAAGGAAGGCAUUAAAUCAUAGGGCUCCUGAUGAUAUUAAAGAAAGUAUAAGAGAACUUCAGUACUACAAGAAGACAGUGUUCAAGUAGUGCUUUUAAAAUGAUACCCAGCAUCUAGUUGCUACAGCGUUGAAGUUCUGAAUUAUUGGGAAACAUCCAGCAUCAACUCUAAGCUGGUGUAAAAAAAUCAGAACAAUGUGAAACCAAAUAACACAUCCUAACAAUGCAUAAUCUUUUAAGUGCAAAUGAACCCUUUGACAAUACUUUCAGUACUGGUUCUGCAUAAGGUAAAUAGUUGAUUGGUAAAAUAUUUCUUGAUUUGAAUGAUGCGUCUCUAAGUGAUGAAGGUUUAUACU